CGAAAGUUGAAAAGAAAAGCUAUGCCCCCUUUGAUUUUGUCAUCGCUUCGCGUUUUUAUAUUCCGCGUUGUUGCUCGCACAUUGUUUUAUUAUGUUAUAUUCUUGCCUUUUUCUCUAUUUAUUUUUGCGCACUCGUUUGAUUUGAAUUAUGUGUAUUUGGUAUUGAAAGUGUCCAAAAAUGGUGUGCCCUACUUGCUCUCGGCAUACGCCUCGGCCCACGACUUCUUGGCUUUAAUUGUAAGAUCAACCUUGUCCUGCGAGGCAAUGGCAAGGUAAAUUGUCGCUGCUGGCACAACCAGGCCCAUCAUUAGCAGAGCGGGAGCUGUGCGCCGGUUGAUUUUGAAGUAUCUGUGAGUAUUCUGACGCAUCCAAAUCCACUCCUCGAUUGCGGGGUCCUUCAGUAGGUUAUCGUGAUGUCCGGCCAUGUUUAUGCUGUUUGUCUGGUGAAUUUCGUGUGUUUUGUAAUUGAAGCGCGUCUGACGACCGAUUGGGGGUGUGUCUAAAUUUCGAGUGAAAACAAAACUAAAAAAGAAUUUGAAUUUCGCUUCAC